UCGAUGGGACGGCAGCUGCCGUCGUGUCGGGAUUGGAAUGUUAUGGACUAACAAUCGGGACGAGCGAGCACUCGGUAAUUGGACACUGCGAUCACGGAACCCCGUCUUUUUGAACAUUUUCUCCGCCACCCGCCCGGUGUGAGGUUCAGCGUCCGCCCGCCCGAACUCUGCGCGCGCGCCGGUGUGUUUUCUCCCGUUCCAGCGGAGCGCGCGAGCAGCUUGCGAUAAAUAAGAAGAGCAAUGCAGGGAUUCGUCCGGUUACAGUUGUACCGCUGAGCCGCUGCGUCGCUUCUCUCUUCUGCUUCUUCUUCUUUUAGUUGCUUCUCUCCACACGGGACCAUGGGGCGGUAAAAGGGUGGUGGUUGGGGCGGGGGGGGGAGAGAGAGAGAGAGGACGAAUUCAGCCGGCGGCAUUUGGACUCGCACACCGACGGGGUCCUCGCACACUCUCCGCCGGGGUCCGCGCGGCGCGGAGCUCGUUCGUCCUCUCUUUUCUCUUUUUUUUAUUCUUCUCCGCCGGGCACCUUAAGCCCCUCCGCGGGCACGCGUUCGACAUGGUGGACCUCUGUGGCAAAGGGAGAACGGGACGGCACUUUUAAACAACCACCUCCCCCCCACCCCCCAAAAAAAAUAAUCGCCCACAUGCACCGGAUCAAUUGCUGGAUUUGGGAACCGAACACGCAGACGGGGGGUUGGGGAUCCGUGGAGGCUGCCGGAGGAUGGAGCGGUGCAGCCGGGGUUGGUGAGAGCCUAACUUCGGGCCACUUUACAUUUUUUAUUCCCAAAACGACGCGUCCCAGUUGCCAGGACACAUGCAGGCCAAAAAACGCUACCUGAUCCUGCUCUCCGCCGGCGCUUGCCUCGCGCUCCUCUCCUACCUCGGGGGGGUUCGGCUUCCGGCGGCGAGCAGGAGCCGGCGUGACCGCGGCAGGAACGCGCGCCGGCCCGACCAGCCCUGGCCCCACUUCUCGGACCCGUUACACCUCUUCCUGCCCUCGGACCAGACGGACACCGAGGAGUACAACCUGCACGUGUCCCCGAGGCAGAAGAGGGACGUCAACACGAGCGUGUACCGGGGCAGGCGGUGCCGCGUGGACUCCUGCUUUGAUUUCGCCCCGUGUCAGAAGAACGGAUUCAAAGUUUACGUUUACCCGCAGCAGAAGGGCGAGAAGAUCUCCGAGAGCUAUCAGAAUAUUUUGGCGACCAUCGAGGGCUCCCGGUUCUACACCUCGGACCCCGGACAAGCGUGCCUGUUCAUCCUCAGCCUGGACACGCUGGACCGGGACCAGCUGUCCCCGCAGUACGUGCACAACCUGAAGACCAAGGUCCAGAACCUGCCCCUGUGGAACGACGGCAGGAACCACCUCAUAUUCAACCUGUACUCGGGGACGUGGCCGGACUACACGGAAGACCUGGGCUUCGACAUCGGCCAGGCCAUGCUGGCCAAAGCCAGCAUCAGCACCGAGAACUUCCGGCCCAGCUUCGACGUGUCCAUCCCGCUGUUCUCCAAGGAGCACCCGCGCACGGGCGGGGAGCAGGGCUUCCUCAAGUACAACUCCAUCCCGCCGCUCCGAAAGUACGCGCUGGUGUUCAAGGGGAAGCGCUACCUGACGGGCAUCGGCUCGGACACCCGGAACGCCCUGCACCACGUGCACAACGCGGAGGACGUGGUGCUGCUCACCACCUGCAAGCACGGCAAGGACUGGCAGAGGCACAAGGACGCGCGCUGCGACGCGGACAACGCGGAGUACGACAAGUACGACUACAAGGAGAUGCUCCAUAACUCCACCUUCUGCCUGGUGCCCCGCGGCAGGCGACUGGGCUCCUUCCGCUUCCUCGAGGCGCUGCAGGCUGCGUGCGUGCCAGUGAUGCUGAGUAACGGUUGGGAGCUGCCUUUCUCCGAGAUCAUCGACUGGAACACGGCGGCGGUUAUCGGCGACGAGAGGCUCCUGCUGCAGAUCCCGACUACGGUGCGCUCCAUCCACCAGGAUAAGAUCCUGUCCCUCAGGCAGCAGACUCAGUUCCUGUGGGAGGCCUACUUCUCAUCCGUGGAAAAGAUAGUGCUGACCACACUAGAGAUCAUCCAGGACCGCGUGUUGGAGCACGGCUCCAGGAGCAGCCUCAUGUGGAACAGCCACCCUGGGGGGCUCUUCGCCCUGCCGCAGUACUCCGGAUACCUGGGAGACUUCCCCUUCUACUACGCGACACUGGGUAUCAAACCCUACCCCAAGUUCACAGCCGUCAUCCAUGCUGUCUCCCCUCUGGUGUCCCAGUCGCAGCCCAUACUCAAGCUCCUGGUAGCUGUGGCCAAGUCCCAGUACUGUUCACAGAUCAUCGUCCUGUGGAACUGUGACAAGCCCCUCCCGGCCAAGCACCGCUGGCCCGCCACCUCCGUCCCCGUCAUCGUCAUCGAGGGGGAGAAUAAGGUGAUGAGCAGCCGCUUCUUGCCCUACGAGACCAUCUCGACCGACGCCGUCCUCAGCCUGGAUGAGGACACGGUGCUGUCCACCACAGAGGUGGACUUUGCCUUCACGGUGUGGCAGAGCUUCCCGGAGCGGAUCGUGGGUUACCCCGCCCGCAGCCACUUCUGGGACGGCAACAAGGAGCGCUGGGGCUACACCUCCAAAUGGACCAACGACUACUCCAUGGUGCUGACGGGCGCCGCCAUCUACCACAGGUAUUACCAUCACCUGUACACCAACUACCUGCCCACUAGUCUGAAAGGCAUGGUGGACCAGCUGGCCAACUGUGAGGACAUACUGAUGAACUUCCUGGUCUCCGCUGUCACCAAGCUGCCGCCCAUCAAGGUCACACAGAAGAAACAGUACAAGGAGACCAUGAUGGGACAGUCUUCGAGAGCUUCCCGCUGGGCCGAUCCCGACCACUUUGCCCAGCGGCAAACCUGCAUGAACAAGUUCGCCAGCUGGUUUGGCGCCAUGCCGCUGGUCCACUCCCGGAUGAGACUGGACCCCAUCCUGUUCAAGGACCAGGUCUCCAUCCUCCGCAAGAAAUACAGGGACAUCGAGAGGCUCUGACAGGACCGGCGCCCCCCCGGGGGCGACCCCACGCGGGAGAGAGACUCUGUGGAGGGCAGAAGGACGAGCGGGACCCCGGCGGGGCGGACGGGGGGGCCACGCGGCUCCGUCUCCCGCCCGGCGCACCGACGCAUAGGAGACGAGCGGAUGGCGCUCGGACACGAGAAGACACAGGCGACAAGCGCAAACACAGACAGGCAAACUGACGGACGCGCACAACAGUUGCCGCGUGUUUUGCGGACGUGAGAAGAACUCUUGGAUAGGAUAUAUUUUUUUGUACGACGUGGAGCUGGAGGACCUCCCUGCAGGACGGUAGAAGAGGGAAGGUGUCCCAAGAUCGUGAAUCCCACUGGUCGCCCCUAGCAACCCCCGCCACCCCCGCCACUCUGCAUCAGGAUGUAACCAAAACCCCUGCUUUAUGGCCCGGGGCACCCUGUUCUUCGGUUGGUUUGAUUUGUGUACAGAUCGGCUGGUGUCACUGGGGACCGUUUGUACCGAGGGGUUGAACAUCACGGCGUAAGCGCUUUAUUAUUUCGCCCCCCUCAAGGCGAAAGAGGUCAACAGUAAUGUCCAAACUGUCUUUAUUGCAAAGGCGGCAUAAUCUGUUGAAAUUCUUGUGUGUCAACGCACAUCCUUGAGCCUGAAAACAUCCUGUCCUUCCUUUCCUCGGUUCCUUCCUAGAUGCGCUGAUACGGCUUUUAUUACGGCCCAUCUGCGUCCGUUAUCGCUAAGAUGAGCUGGAAAAACAUCACGUUUCACAUCCCAUUUUCCUCUCACGCCGGCCACGACAGUUGUACUUUUUUCUCAUCUUACUUUCAUCAUCUUUUAUUUUCCCCUUUAAACUUUCCGUACUUUCCCUCGUGUGUGUGUGUGUGUGUGUGUCUGUGUACAUUUGUGCGUGCUGUGUGUAAAGAACCUUGAAAAGUUGGCUCAUCCAACCAUAAGCUCAAGCGGAGUACAUUUUCCCUCCGUGGAAUGAGCGAAAUGAACAUUUGUGGAUGAAAUGGAGCAGAACGUUGCAUUCUAACCCGGACUCGUGCCCGUUUAUUUCUCCCUGCGACGCCCUGCAGCACCGUCCUGGCAGCGAGGAAAUGAAAUUUCUGUCCAUAGCAGGUCUUUAGUGACCAGCGUCCGGCUCCAUUUCACACGAGUGUUUGUAGAGUGAUUUUUUUUCGGUGCCGUUCUGACAUCGGGUCGGGGAAGUUCUUUUUUUUUUUUAUUGCACUUCACGUCGCCUCCAUCAGUCUGUGAUGCCUAGAUGCUCCCGCGCUGAAUUAUUCUGCCCGUCAGUCCAGUGCAGCUCUCCUGCCACGGUGAUUUAUUUAUUUUAUUUCUCUCCGUGACAUAUCAGAGGACCUCAGAGCCAUUAAAUUGACAAAAGCUCCUCUCUCCCAUUUGUCAGGCAGAGAUGCGUUCGGGCUUCAAUUAUGUUGUUCUAUUUCAUUUGGAGUGCUGUUUUAUUCCCGGGAGACAAGCUGUCCACGGGUCCCCACAUUAUGGACCAUUGUGUUGUGAAAGCAGUGACCCACAAACACGACCUUCUAGCUGAUGCUCGAACACAACCCCCCCCCCCCCCCCCGAUUUGUCCUUAAUAAAAACGGCUUUUCACUUUGCCAUCGUGUCCCCGGCAAAGCGCCUGACCUUUAGCGCCUUGUUUUACCUUGUUGGUAUUGGACGAGCACACGGAGCUGUUGUCUCCCCGUCUGCGUCUCACAUUCAGUCUGCGGAAAACUCGAAAGAAGCAGCAAGCCUGUAGUGGCCUUUCUGUCGACUAGUAAUUCAGCCAAAACUCUGUGUGUGUGUGUGUGUGUGUGUGUGUGUGCGUGCGUACGUUGGGUCUGUUGAUGAAUGGUUGUCUUUUUCACGUUUUUUUCAUUGAUUUGUCCACGUUUGUCGCCUUGUUUCGUGCUCUGAAGUGCUCUCAUUUGACACUGGUCAAAAGCUCCCAACGCAGAGCUGCUCUGUCCCAGCACGUAUCAAACAGCCGGACUAUCAAGUACGUGUGUUUGUUCCCUCAUUGCUUGGAAUAUCAUGCUUGUGUUUACGUUCUGGGAAGUUGGGAGUGUUGUUGUUUGCCGGGAGAGAUUUACGACGUGUUUAAUGUGGAGUCACGUCAGCUGUACGUGACUCUGGGAGAGCAGCGCUCCUCCAUCUGGUCCCCGUUUCACGUUCACACAACCGUAUUGUUUCAAUUCAAUAUCAAGCCCUUCAUGUCCGAGCGUUUGAAUCCGUGUGUGUGUGUCUGUGUCAUCUCGAGAGAACCACCACAGUCGCUGAUCCUUCAUGAAAAACCCCAUCCUCGUGACUACACAGGCACAUAUUGAAUGUGUGAGAAAGAAGAAACAACAGGCACCGCGUACGAGUCAUGAGAGGGGAGCUAAUGGUAUUUAUUCAGUUUAUUUUCUGCACGCUGUGCACAUUAAUCCACAAACUCACGCUACGUCUCACUCUGCGCUGUUUUUUGGGGGGGGAAACGCAGCUCUUCCUCAGACAGAAUCCCCCACAAGAGAUGGAAAAUGUUCGGAGACAUAAAGUGGAGUGUUGACUCUAAAAGCUCGCACUCACCAGUGAUCUAGAAUUGGAUCGGGACGCACAAUCCCGGCUCUCCGCGGGAGUCAAAUUGCAAAGUCCCAAUAAAGACCACGGCAACUGACUCGCGGAAAAUAAUAAG